ACCACGAAUCUACUUUUACAACUCGACUCUCACCAACGUCGAUCCUGCAGGCCCAAGGCCACCUUUCAUAUCUUUGACUAUGUCCCUCCUCUGACGACUGUUGUUCUGUGCCUUAUAUUGCUCUCAGCUUACUUUGUCUGUUUGUUCUCUAUCUUACUGCUAUCGUCAUAUCCCGCAAAUGUCGAACUUACUUCGUCGCCCCACUCGCGCUACUUGUUUUUAUUGCCAAACGGAAGUUAGCCCACGAAAUCCUCGCUCUUUCACUUGCCCGGAAUGCCAAUGCCACAAUCGUUACGACGCCACCGGCGAAAUCAUCUCAGACGAACCUGCAAUGCACGACGAGAGUCUGAAUGCCAGGUCUUUCGCGCGUAGAGCUUCGUUUCCAUUGUUGCUCUUAAGCUUCACCCAGAAAGGAUCGUAUACCAACAGCGUAUGGGAGUGGGUUGUUCUGCCAUACAUGUCUGACGAACCAGAUGCUACUAUCCAACCUAUUGUCCAACUACCUGCCAGAUCCGGACGAUCCUAGGUAUCCGGGCAAACUGGCUUCAUACCCCUCCUACCGCGAAUUGAUAGAAAAACGCUACCCUGCAGUCUGUGAAGAUUGUCUACCCGCCGUUGAAGAGGAGAUCCGGAAACGUGACAAUAUGGCGCGCACUCGCGCUCUAGGCGGGUUUCUGAAGGAUACCAGAGGGAUGGACAAACACAGACGGGUGGAAGCUACACAAGCAGAGAAGGAAAACUUUGAGAAGUCAUUGUUUGUAUGGCGAAUACGAGGACUCUUGUGGCUGGUGACUUUGCUCGAGAGCCUGAUUUCACACACUGCAGUCGCAGCGGGAUACCCUCUCCCUCGAAUACCAGCGUCCGCGCUACCCUUUAUCCCCAUUUUUGUUAUCCUGUCCCUCGGUUGGACAGCGUGGGAUCCAACAUACGCCAUUGUCAAACGAGGCCAGCUGCAGGGUCGCGUCGUACGUCAAAAAGGCAAGAAGGAAUAUAACAUCCUACAAAGUAUAGCGUGGAUUUCGAGACUUGCUGUAUCAAUAAUUCUUGCCCUGCCGCGAUUCUCUCCUUCAUGGGGCCGUCCUUACCUGCAAGAACCAAUACCCACGCAAACUCGCAUAUUUUCUUCCUUUUUCUGUUCUCUGGAACUUUUGAUUCUUAUCCGCUCAAUUGUCGUCCUGCGAGUCCAGCGACCUCCACCUGUACAACUGCGAGAUGAUUCCUCCCGGAAACCAUUGCGAGCAGGUCUCUCACCAACACCGUCAUCAUCCCGCAGCGCAACGCCCGUCGCAUCUAGUUUCGAAACCGACGCCUUAGGUCCCCUCUCCAUCUCUACGAAGCAUAACCUCGCAGGACCAUCCAAGAUUCCUACCACUCACCCUAUAUUCGGCUUGCCUUCCUUCCCUGAUCUUAACGCAUCCUCAUCCAAGACAAACCCUCAGGGUCAGGGCCAGCUAAAUCGUGAUGCAAUGGAUGAAGACGAAGAUGUGGAUAACGAAAGUCAAUCUGAGAAAGAGGAGGACCCUGAUGCUAUGGAUUGGACACCGACAUCUACACCUGCUAAACUCGAUAGGAAAGGGAAAGGCAAGGGUAAGGGCAAAGGCAAAGCUCGAGCCAACAUUGUUGACGACGGGUCAUGGCUUCGACCACAGCGGUUCUUCCCUCCUGAAGAGCCGACUGGGCUUGAGAACUUGUUUGAGAAGACUAUCAAGUUGGCGGAUGAUGAACGGCCUAAUGGUGCUACGGUUAGGAAAGGUCGGAGGAUAGGGUGGAAGCAUAGUAGGGGUCAAGUUUGGAUAUUCGUAUGUGCUGUGGUCUUGUCUGUGCUGGUGUCGCUGGUUGCUUGGGGUUAUUUCUCGUGGCAGAAGAAGGGCAGUAGCCUAUUGAGUACUGUAGGAAUCGAGCUAGAUCCCAGUUGAUCGUUGUUUGCAUCACACAUUAUCUGCAGCGAAUGCGAUCUAAACAAGAGAUGUCUUCUAAGAAAUCCUGAAAGAAAGAUCUACGAAUGAUAUGGGUAUUGAUAUCGUGUCAAUGUCUCGUCUACGAUGUUGUAGUGUUCAAUGUUACGUCCUUUUUCGUGACUGGAGGAAAUACACAUACCUUUUCCGCUCC